AAAUAUGGGUCAGACUUCAGUGCAGACUUGGCUAAACACUUCUGUUUUACACCAGGAUUGAAUACUCAGUUAAUGGGCUUCUUUUCCAAAUUAUCUUUUGCAUAUUCCUGUUUUCCCCUUUGCUUCCCUCGCUGUUUGGAGGGAAACAUAAAGGUAAACAUACCUCAUUAGAUAGUUUGCAACAGCAGAUCUCACUCGUGUCUCUCUAGGCUAGAAGUGAGUUUAGUUAGCCCAUGCAUUUGCCUCACCUGAAACAGGGUAUGAAGGACAAAAAAAAGAAAAACGUAUAGAUAAAUAAAUACAGUUUGUGAUGAAAAAGGGCCAUUUCUGAAUUUCUUAUUCAUUUCUACAUAUAUUCAUUUAUACAUUUCUGUGUCUUUGUGUGUUGUCUAUGAUGAUGCAAUUCCAUAUGGAUUAUCAUAAAAUGUACAGUCGCUAGUCAGUGGCUGCGUUUCUGUCAAAAUGAUUCACCAAUGAUCUUAAAUCAUUUCUGCAAAAUCUCCAACAAGACUUUCCAGAACGUUAACCGGCGAAAGUCAAGGCAACCAAUCCGGCUUUAGACUGAGUUAAGCCCGCCUACUUAAUUACCAUUGGUACACAGACACGGAAAUAAAUAAAUGUAGAAAUGUGGAAAUUAAUAAAAACAUGUAGAAAUACACAAAUGUAGAAAUACAGAGAUGGCCUUUUUCAUCGCAGACUGUAUUUCUUUAUUUCUUUAUACUUCUACAUGUUUUGUCCUUCAUAUUUCCGGGCCAACGCUGGAACUUUGCAGACUCCCGUCGUGUGCAGCGUUGAGCGUCGCCUGUGCCGGUGGCGCCCCCGGCGGCCGACGGCGGUCACUGCUCAGACAGCAGGUCUCUCGCUGCGUCGAGUCAGUCCGCCGCAGCAGCGCCGACUGGAGGGAUGUGACCCCGGAACAGGACGCCCUCCUACAACAACACACCAUUCAAACAGAGCACAGAAGAAAGAAAAGCUGGACCAGGAGGGAGCCACAGGAGCAGGGGGGAUGAACCGCGAGGAGGCCCCGGGGAAGUCUCCUGAAGACAUGUACAUCCAACAGAAAGUGCGGGUCCUGCUCAUGCUUAAGAAAAUGGGAUCAAAUCUCACGCCGAGUGAAGAGGCUUUCCUCCGAAAUUACGCAGGUGUGGUCCACAGUCAGAUGAGCCAGCUACCGCAGCACAACAUAGACCAGGGUGCUGAGGACGUGGUGAUGGCGUUCUCACGAUCAGAGACGGAGGAUCGGCGACAGUGACCCUGGGCCCCCUCAUCCUGCCCCACUGCAUCCCGUCCCGCCCCCCCGACACACAUGACCCACAGCAACCCAAACUCCGCCAACACGACACUGAUGAGCUCAGGAGAGGAGGGGGAACGGGGAAGGAGCAGAAGAGGGAGGGGAAGAGACGGCAGGAGACGGCUGCCUCGCUCGCUCUCCCCCGGCAUUUUCCAUCCUGACUCCUCCCCGCACAGGCUGGCACACCACUACCUGAGAUGCACUUGAGUGGGUCACCGUGGGCUGAAGCCUUGGCAGUCAGUGAAAACACUCACAGAUUGUGUGGAUGAAUAUCAAAUGUGUUGUUUUUUUUCUGGUGGGGAGGGAGGAAGGUUGCUUUUGUUCUGUAUUAUCUCGUCUAUGUUGAGACGUUAGGCAGUGUUACAUGCUGUGGUCGCUGGGAGAAACUGACCAGUCAGCAGCCUAUUGAAGCAAAGAAAAAUAUAGAUUUGGUCAAGCAGCGCGUGUGAUGAUGGGUCCUGGUAGGGGAGAGAUUUUUUUAAUUAUUUCUGCUUACCCUGAUGGGGCCGAAAUCCAUUUUGAUUUAGCUGUUGUGUUAUAAAGGCUUUUUUGUAUUCUGUCAUCGCAGGGGCCUCACUUAAAUGCACGGUGUGUGCAUGAAAAGAAGCGUGAAAGAUGCGUUCGCUGUCUUUCUGGAGUGUCCACACUUCUGCUGGAAUCUGCAUGCUGAAGUAGUAAAUAAAAAUGAUAAACACUCCACUUUAUGUCCCCUAAUUUAGAACCGAGGAACAUGUGAUAAAUGGUUUAUAUUACCCACUAUGAUAUAUUUGUAAGCAGAUAUAAUGUUUGUUACUGGGCUUGUCACAACUAUAGCCUGUGGUCACCCAUGAGUGGAGGCUGUUUUAUAAACAGAUAAUGACAAUAUAGUAAAAAAAAAUUUAAAAAACAGGAUGACUAGGGUGAGUUAUAAUUGUUGACAAAUACUGUUAUUAAUAUACAACUUGAAAAUGUAAAUUUAUCUGCAUACAAGGCCAUCAUAGUGUUUUAUAUAUCAUUUAGUAAAUGUUUCUAUUCCUCCUAUAGAUCACUAACAGGGGAACUUAAAGUAAAGUGUUUCCAUCAAAUCGAAUGAUAACUCUUCUCUGCUGACGCUUUUCAAUGAAUAUUGAAUUAUGGCCUGUUUUCAGUUUCUGGCGACAGGUAAUUACUCAUACACCCCAGACACACUUCACUCCGGUGAACUUAUCUCUGGCUCUUUUGCUUUCCCAAUUGAUAUUUUCCAUUUCAGAAUAAUUUCACUUUCCAAUCCUGCAGUGCUCACCGCCCCCUCGGGGACACGCUGAUUUUUCUCUUAUUAAAAAAAAACCACAAACAGCAUUUUUUACUCCACUUAAUAUUCCUUGUUGUGAUUCACCGUCCGAUUCCUCCGUUCUCCCGAACAAACACUAGACAAACAGACUGACGUGUGUUGACGCUCGCGACAGGCCCGUCAUUAAUCAUUCUCACGUCAUGACGGGAGUUGACAGGGCAGAAUACCGAGGCUUUUUACACGCUCGGUGGGAUUUCUGCGUCACGGUGAGGAUAUCGUUUGAGCAUACCCCACACUCGUUUUUCUGCUUUAUUUUGAACCCGAGGCGGUCCAGGGUUCCAGGGAUGCUUUUCUCACGAGGAAAGCGUUACGAAUUAAAUGACACUAGCAGACAUAAUCACAUGAAACACAGGUGCACACAUUCUCCCCAAACAUAUACUACUUUUGUUUUGGGUUAUUGUGUCCUGUUUUUUUUUUUUAUUGUACAGAUAGUUGGGGAAAAUACAAUAAUGAUUUGAUUGUGCCAAUUGUAUUAUUGUCUUUUUUUUUAAUCUGUAAGAUAAAAUUGACAUAAUGAUUAAGAAAACCGAUAAGAGACGAGUUGUAGUUGUAAUUUAUUGUUUGCUGAAUUGACUACGCGUUCCUUCGACAUGUCAUCCAAGAUGGAGAACCAGUAGAUGGUCAAACGGGCGUCGCCGUGGCUCCUUGUUCACACUAAAAUCACACAAACUCUAAUUUUUAACUACCUUUAACUAAACACGCGAAGCCAAACAUACGACCUGUGUGCUAUCUCCGACUGUACUGUAUCUCUUGCACUAUCAUCAAUGGGAUAUUUUGCAAAAAAUACAUUUUGAUAUCAAGCACAGAGUUUUCUAUGUUUGCUUCAGUGGAUAAAAGAAAAGUUUGUAACCAUGUUUUUAUUCCUUUUGGUGAUUUAAAAAAAAAAAAAAAUCUUCUGUGUUUGUUGACUCAACUGGAAUAUUUGUUAACAGCCCACAUGUUUUUUUUCUAGUGACAUGCUCAAUAUUUAAUGUGUUUAAGUACAGUUUGUUAACUUGUAUAACUUAAAAUAAUUGUAAGUUUUUAAAGCCAAGCAUGUCCGCCUCGUGGUUUAUAAUGUUCAUCAAAGAGGAGCCAAGGGUCUUUGACGCCUUGCCCCCAGUGACCAUUGUUUGUACAUUCUUGACAUUUGUGGAAGCUACAAGCUCUUUAAAAAUGUUUCAGAAAACAAAACGAGAAAAAAAAAAAUCAUUUUUUGUAAAUGUUAUCCAUUAUAUCUUGUCAGCAAUAACUUCUAUCUGAAUGUCCUCAGCAAUCAUCGCAAUGUUAAACGGCAAAAACAGAUCCGUCACGCUGUCCGCCUGCGACAAAGACAUUUGUCUUUUUUUAUGUUUACUUUUAAUUUUUGAAGCAUUCUUUAUUUGUCUAUGCAUUGUUUGUUUGUUUUUCUCUAAAAUGUGUCUUACUGUACAUUUUACCUAUCAGGGUUGUUCUGCAGCCUUUGUGUGCGUGCGUGCGUGCGUGUAUGUGCGUGCGUGUGCGUUCGACAUUGAACUUGCUACCAGUUUUGAUUUUCAGCAUGCUGUUGUCAAUGUUUCUUUUUACUGUGAUGACCUGAUGUUGCCUAAUUGUCCUUUUUUUAUUUUAUUUUUGCCUUUGUAUUUUAUUUUCGACAUUGAUUAGUUGGUUUUGUUUUGUAUGGCUGCUGACCAUGUCUUGACUUAAUGCUUCCAAAUCCUAUACCAACUGAACCAUUAAAGAAAUUUUAAACGGUGAAAA